CUCAUGCUACACAACAUAGAAAGCGUUAAAAUUGCUCAUGUUUUUGCUAGAUUAAGUCUAAAUGGGAUUAUAACUUAAGGAAUAAAUUGUCAUGCGGGACGAACCUACGAAACUAAAUUCAACCUUUGUUAUUAUAUUUUGGUUCACAAGCGAAGUAUAAAUUACAAGGAGGUGUCAACUUUCAAUAAGAUCGAACGUACAUAGACUUAUCUGUAUGCACAUUUACAUAGAAUGUGCGUAUGUGAUGGAACAACUUAACUCUGGAUAGAGGUAAUUUAUUUGAGGUUUAUGUUCGAUUUCAGACUUAGCCAUGGCUAAAAUGCAGACUUUAACUGCGGAGAAUCUUGCGAAUCACUAUAGCGACCACACCGGAAGUAAGCGACCGUCCCUGUUCCCGAAGGAAGGAAGCGACGGCCCUAUCACUACCAACCCAAGUUUGCGCCGGAUGUCGCGCUUCGAGGGUCGCCCGAGCGUCCAGUAUGGUCGCCGGAUAUCCAUGGUGUCGCGAUCAAGCGUAACCGGAAGUUCCUUCGGCCUUAAAAAUAUUGGACUAUAUCCAGUGAAGCUACAGAACACGUAUAAGCUGCAACCGGAUCCCAGUGAAAUGUUCAAACCCGAAAGUGUGCGUGAGGUUAUGCAGGAAGUUCUUGAUGAAUGCCUGGGCGGUGAAAAGUACAACCCUUUGCAGUGCCGGAACCUCUCACAGAUGCUGACGGAUCUCAUCAAGUCGCGCGUGAAGGACAUGGGAUUUCAGCGCUACAAGUAUAUAGUGACGGUGACCAUUGGUCAGGACAGUAACCAGGGAUUCCGUGUAGUCAGCCGGUGUCUAUGGAACAAGGACACGGACAAUUACGCCGAGGCUAGUUAUAACAAGAAUGGAUUGUACGCGGUAGCCGCAGUGUAUGCGUGCUAUUUCGAAUAGAACAUUCAUAAAGUAAACUUUUAGCCUGAUUAAUGCUUUUAAUUUCAAUGAAAUUUAUGUUCACUAAUUCAUACGUAAUGUUUAUAUUUUGGAUUUCUGUUGCGCUAUUCAAAGACAUUUUAGUGAAAUUAUCAUUAGAAUUAAAUUUCAAACUAAAUGUAUGUUUUGAUCAUCUAAGUUUAUUGUUUAACUCCGUUUUGUAUUGAUUCACGGAUAUUUGUAGCACAAAUUUGCAAAAAAAUAAUUAUGUGUUUUCAAAAACGAUAUUAUUAUAUCAACUUGUGUCCACGUGAGGUUGCAUUGAUUGAUUGCUUUUACACGGCUUCAAUUUAUAAAUGCACGGGCAUGUUAAGGAGAGGGAAGUAGGGGCUUGUGUAUACGAGGGAUUGCGACUUUAAAUUGAGGAAAGUUGUAGCUGUCUCACAUAAUGAUUUUUUGCGGAAAAAGAGGACCAACAUGUUCACCCAUUUAGUCAAUUAUCUUUAUUCAAAAUGGCAAUAGGUUUCGUAUCUAGGGUAUUCGUGCUUUCCUCGGAAUUUUGGUUCAAGAUCGUACAUGUCGGAAUAAACAAGUCGCGGAAGAAAAAGCUUUUCUAAAGCUGUUAUUUAGUAAUGUGACCUUGGUGAAACUGGAUGUUUAAAGUUAAUGUUCUCUCAUAAGACAACGUUUUUGUUGCUUGCGAGCAGUAGGAUAUUAGAAAUAUCACCAAACUAUAUUUCCUUAGACUCUAUAUUCACGGUAAUUUAGUGAUUUCCAACAAAUACUUGUUUAAUUUUA